AUGAAAGACAAAGAAGUUAAAUUUCAGCAAGAAGUUCAAGGGUUGCAAGAUGAAAUAAAUAAUUCAAUGAAAAAAUAUGAAUAUGAGAUUGAGUUACUUAAAUUAUCAAAGGAAAACUUACAACGAGAUCGUGAAAGCCUUGGCAAUCAACUAUCAGUUGCUCGUAAUGAGGCUAGUACAUUUCAGCAAACGAUCACAAAAAUGACCGCAGAAACUGCAUCAAUAAUGACAGAAUUGAGCACUGCUCGUUCUCAAUUAGAAACAAAAAGUGCGGAAUCCAUGUCCAUAACUAACGACUUAAAUGGUGUUCGGAUUCAAUUAGAAGCUAAAAUCGGCGAGUGCCAACGAUUAAAUCAAGUCAUAGAGAAAUUAGAACAAGACGUUAGAAAUUACUUAGCUACAAUACAAGAAAAGGAUGCCGAACUUCGAAGUGGAGAAGCUGAAAGGCGCAAACUGCAUAAUUGCGUUCAGGAAUUAAAAGGCAAUAUUCGUGUAUUUUGUCGUGUGAGACCACUAACAAAUAGCGAAGGAGCGAAAAUGUAUCCUUCACACAUCAUUUUUGCGGAAGGUUCAGAUGCAAACAUUAAGUUAUUACAGAGUAGUCAGCCUUCAGAUACACCUAGCACCAAGGGAAAUUCAAAUAAGUACGAAUUUAAGUUUGACAAGGUGUUUCAUCCUGAUUCUAGCCAAGAAAACGUAUUUAAUGAAGUUUCGCAGUUAGUUCAAAGUGCUCUAGACGGCUAUAACGUAUGUAUCUUUGCUUACGGUCAAACUGGAAGUGGUAAGACCUACACCAUGGAAGGCCCUCCAGUUUCUGAUAAUGUUAACUACACCAACGUUGGUAUUAUUCCCAGGGCUGUGGCUCAAAUAUUUAAUUCUGCUAAAGACUUAAAAGAAAAAGGAUGGAAAUAUCAUAUGGAAGCUUCGUUUCUGGAGAUUUACAACGAGACUAUUCGCGAUUUAUUGGGGAGUAACAAUAAUGUCAAGCACGAAAUCAGAUUUACGCCCGAUAAAAAAGAUGUCAAAGUUACGAAUUUAACAAUUGUCAAUGUUACAACCGAAGACGAGGCUAGUUUUGUUCAUAAGUUGUUGGCAAAAGCAACGCAGAACCGAGCAGUUGCUGCGACUGAAUGUAAUGAAAGAUCUUCGCGAAGUCACAGUGUGUUUAGGUUAAAAUUAAUUGGCGAAAAUACAAUCACUAAUGAAAACUGUGAAGGAACUUUAAAUCUUAUCGAUCUCGCUGGCUCAGAGAGAGUGUUUGUUUCCAAAUCGACCGGCGAAAGAUUGACUGAGGCUAAGAAUAUCAACAAGAGUUUGAGUAAUUUGGGGAUAGUUAUUCUAGCUCUAGCUAAUAAGGACUCACAUAUCCCGUACAGGAAUUCAAAACUUACUUACUUACUUCAAAAUUCACUGGGCGGGAAUAGCAAAACAUUGAUGUUUGUUAAUAUUUCACCAUAUGAAGUAUCAUUUCAAGAAAGUUUAAAUUCUUUAAGAUUUGCUACAACGGUUAGUAUUAUCGUUAGCUACUGUUAA